AGAGGCGGAGAAACCGUGGGCCACAUACAGAGAGAAAGCACAAGAGAAGGAGAGACACUCAGGAAGUUAACAGGGGAAGUUUAGCGGUUUCUUGCGUCAUCAUUUUAUGCUGCUACUUGUGUGCCGAUGCAGAGUGAAGGGUGGAAGAUAAACCAAAGUAUGUCCUAACACUUCAGCUUGAACAUAUCCACUCCAAUGCAAGGCGGCUUACAGAGGAAACAACCUGCACCCAACAACAUGCACUGAAGCAAAGGAAGCAGAAGCCGCACGGUCAGAGCUGUGAAAUGUGCAGCACCUCUACAAAGUCAGCGUCACAUUAAUCGAGUUGGGCAACACAUCCAGCAGCCAGCGCAGACAGACAGCCAGUCGGUCUGACGGUCACAAACGGAGCAGCUCGGGCCGGUCUGAAUGUGAGGUAAAACAGCAGACAGGAAGAGAUGCGGAGACAUCGGAAAAAAGUGGGGAACAAAGAGAAGGUGUUUGGAUGUGACCUGCUGGAGCACCUGACCGCCUCUUCUCAAGAGAUUCCUCAGGUCUUGCAAUACUGCAGUGAGUUUGUUGAGAAAAAUGGAGUCGUUGAUGGCAUCUACAGGUUGUCUGGAGUGUCGUCCAACAUACAGAAACUGAGGGGUGAGUUUGAGAGUGACGGGAGUCCAGAUCUGAACAAGGACCUGUACCUGCAGGACAUCCACUGUGUCAGCUCUCUGUGUAAAGCUUAUUUCAGAGAGCUGCCAAAUCCUCUGCUGACAUACCAGCUGUAUGACAAGUUCGCCGAGGCUGUGGCCAUCCAGCUGGAGGAGGAUAGGCUGGUAAAGAUCGGAGAUGUGCUGAAAGAACUACCAGCACCACAUUACAGGACUCUGGAGUUUCUGAUGCGCCAUCUUGUCAAAAUGGCCUCAUAUUCCCCAGAGACCAACAUGCACUCCAGGAACUUGGCCAUCGUCUGGGCCCCCAAUCUGCUCAGGUCGAAGGACAUUGAGACGUCUGGGUUUAACGGUACAGCAGCCUUCAUGGAGGUCAGGGUUCAGUCCAUCGUGGUGGAGUUCAUCCUCACACACGUCCCUCAGCUGUUUCCUGAACUAGGUUUAUCAAAUGAGAGGAGGAAGUCCCUCCCCUCCCCUUCAGCAAUACUCAAUCAAGAGGAAGGGUCUCGUCCUACUCAUCCUUUCCCCAACUUUGGUAAUAUCAGUCCAGGAGACGGUCCUCUGGCCAUAAGAUCUUACCACUCCAUCAUUGAAGGCACAGACAAGAGGAAAGGAUCUCUCAAAGGCAGGAAGUGGAUGUCCAUCUUCAACAUCGGAGGACGAUUUCCAGACCCACGACGGAGGCACAAACACUCCACCAAAGAGAAAGAGAGGCCUGUUUCUUUGAGACCAGCAAGAAGCAUGGACUGCCUCAGCACCCCGCCAUAUCCUAAUGAAGGUUCCAGACGUAGCGGCCAGCGCCCUCCUUCCACCCACGUGUCUCCCCUCGUCACCGCCUCCCCCCAGUCUGGCUCUGAGGUCACGCCAUCCGCCGGUGCAAUAGGUGGCAGUGAAUAUGCUGUGACUUACCGCAGGGGAACAGGGUUGGUAAGCGGGGGCACUCAGGGCACCUACACCUCCCUCGACCCCGAAGGUUUAGCACUCACAGGCAACGAGACUCUACAGUCCAUAUCCCCAGGACUCUCCAAUAAAAGCCGAAGAGCAGCCAUGCACAUCACGGGGCCCACCACGGUCACUGUGCCCCUGCACAUCACCUCUGCCCUGGCGUUAGGGGUGCUGCAAGGGGGCGGGGGCAGCAGGCUCAUCCACCGCGGCAGGGAUAAGGAUGCAGGGGACAGGGUGGAAGGUAAGGAGGGAGAAGAGAAGGUGGCGAGGAGAGAAAGAAAGGUGGAAAAGGUUGAGAAAGAGGAGAAAAAUCACAGUGGGAAAGUGACAGAGGGGGAAGGAGUCGUGGAUGCAGAAGGGACUACAAUGGCAGGUGGUGGUGGUGGUGGGGAGGAAGAAGGUGAAGGAAAGAAAGAGGAGGAGAAGGAGGAAGAAGAGGAGGUCCGAGAAGAAUGCAGAUGGAAGCCGGAGCCGGUGGCAGGAGGUCAAGAUGGGUCCACAGAGCAACGAGCCAAAAGCGGGACCUCCAACACUGAGGAAGAUAAUGCUUUUGAUGAUGAAUACAUGGACAUGAAAGAUGUGAAGCCAGCUAAUCAUGAGCCAGCGGUGACUCAGCGUGCUGAUGACUGUGUGUUUGAUACUUCUGACGUCCUCAACUCAACUGAAGUGGAGGGCGACGACCAGGAACUGUCUGGCUAUGUUCAGGAUAACUUUGAAUUCCUGGACCAAAUGGACUGCAGCAUCCAGGAUCACAUGGACUGUAGUGUCCCCUAUCAGGUGAACGAGUUCUCUGUUGAACCUCCAGGCCACUCAGAUGAUGAGUAUGAAGUUAUGGAGCAAGUUCAUCCUGCAGAACUGCAGACAGACCCACAACCAAGCACUGAAUCACAAACCCAGAGCCAGACAGAGUCAAAUCCACACCGGCCGCUCAGCCUCGACUCAUACAGCCGACACACUAAAUCCCUCAGCUUGCCUUACAUGACCUCACCCGUCCACGGAUCGGAGGGGUCUUGCUCUGAAGACGAGGCUGCAGUGGACGACAGUGAUGAUGAAGAUUACAGUAGUGAGGAAGACGAGAGCAUGUUUGUUAAAAGCCUUCCCGCUGAUUUCUUCUUGGAUUUUCCCUUCGAACCAGACACUGAUAAUCAGGACAGUUGCGCUCCUGUGGGAGUUGCUGUACAGCCGUCGCAGAGCUCACAGUUUUCUGCAUGUAAAUUAUCAACCACUGGAGAUCUGGAGCAGGUAGAGGUGAAAGACAAAGGAAAUGAAGAUGGACUGGAAGAAAAGGAGAUAACAGAGAAGGAAGAGGAAGAUCACCAGGAAAGAGACCAGCUGGAAAACAAUAGGCAAAGCAAAACGCCAGAAGAAGAUGUCAUGGAAGAUACUCAAAGUGACAAAUCACAACCUCUAACCCCAGAGGCGUCAACACACUGCUGGGCUGACUUUCCACCGCCGAGUGAUGACGAAUCAAGUGCCGUGGCUGACCUGCUCGUCGAGGAGGAGGCGGACAUGUUUGACAAUCAUCACAGUGAUUAUCCACCUUGUCAUGAAGUUCCCUGUGCUACACAGAGAGACACUGAUGACGUUUCCUCAGAGGAGUUCAGAGAGUUUUCUGUAAGGGCAACAGAACCGCUAACACAAUUGAUAGACAGUGAUGAGGAGAAGGACAGGGAGGUAUGCAAAGAGAUAGUUGAUAUAGUGGCUCUGGAAAUAAAAGAUAGUGAUGACAACAUGUGGGAAGAAACCACCGAGGAAGGUCAUGAAGUGAUAGCUGAAGAAAAACAUGAAGAAAAGAUGCAGGGAGAUGAGAAAGAGCAGGAUAGUGCAAGGGCAAUUUGGGUUGAACUUGAGGAUGUUAUAUGUGAAGUUAUAGAGGACGAGGAAAGUAAGCAGGCUGAGAUGAAGAAUGCGAGAGAACGCGUUGCUGGGGAGGGAGAGCAGGUUGCAAAGGUUUCAGGUGAGGAAAUAGUGGAGGUUGACGAAGGAGAGACAAACAAGACAGAAGUUAGAGAGGAGGUAGUGGAGGAAUCAGAGGAAACGACUGAAGAGAAGCUCACAGACCCAGAGAUUCAGCAAGAGUUUGAGGAGAAAGAGAUAAACUUACCAAAGACAAGUGAACUAGAAGAAGAAAUUCAAGGGAAGCCUACAAUCAAUGACGAAGCACAGCAUCACGACAGAGAGGAAGUGGUUUCAAAAGAGAACAAUGACAAAGAGAGAGCUGAUGAGCAACGUAGAAUGGAGCAGCCAAGUGUGGAUAAACAGCUAAAUGAGGUCAGAUGUGAUAUGAAGGAGGGCAGAAAGCGUGAGGAAAGUGAGGGCAGCCCAGGAGGAGUAGGGAGGAAGCUGGUCGUCUUCAAACAUCCGAGGGUUUACCAAGUAAAAGCGGUGCCGGUCGUGCCUCCGAAGCCUCAGCACUGCAAGAUGACCGCCCAUACCCUCCGACAGCAGCAUCAGCAAAGAGAGAAAAGAGAUGCCGACAGAGGGAGAGAAAACACGCCGAGAGUCCCAACGGAGCAGACAAGAGUCUGUGCAGGAGACGAGGGUGAAGAGGACGUCACGGGGGAAAAGGAGAAGCCCACACUCGGGGGAGGGGAGAAAGGAGAGAGGGAAAGGAGGAGGGAUGGGGAGGAGAGUGCCACGAGGGACACAAACAGAAACAGUCCCCUCAGCAUUAGUUUUGAUGAGGCUGUUGCCAUAGCAACCAUGAGACGAGAGAAAGAGAAAGAGUGCGAGAAGGAGAAGGAUAAGGAGAGGCAGAGGGAUUGGUGAAAUGAAGUACAGUGAAGGUUUAUUAUUGAUUUAAAGUGUUUUGACUGUACAAACUAUUUUUCUACGUGUAGCAUAAAGGGCUGUAUUUUUCUUUGCAGUAUUGUCUGUGCAAUGCUACUAAAGAUGUUUAGGUGUUUUUUUUUUCUACCACGCACAAACUUGAUGUGCAGCAAGGAAUUGAAUAGGUUUUUUAAAAGUAUUUUCCAGUGGAGGAUUUUCCCCUUUAUUAGUCAGAGAACCGUAGAGAGCUGACUGAAAUGAGGGAAAAGAGAUGGAGGAUGAGAUGCAACAAAGGUCCCCGCCGGACUCGAACCAGGGACGAUGCAAUUAGGAAUUGUUAGGAAGUUAAUAAAUGAAUAGCUGCAAUUGUGCUACCUGAUAUUAAGUUAAAUAAAACUGAAACUGAAAGCGGGAAAGUGAUAUUAAUGGUGAAGUGCUGCUGAAAUGUUGAGGAUGACAUGUUACACGCAUGAACUUUCAUAGCUUCCAUACUAUAGAUCUAUAAAACUUCUCACUCAAUUUUGAUCAAAAGAAAAACGAUUAGCCUUAAAUCCAGCUUACUCCUGUCCGUAGAAUUGUCCAAUUAUACAAUACUUUGUAAUUAUAUAAAGUAUAUGUAUCCUAUAUGGUAUAUGUAUAAAUAAACGGUUUGCAAGUAUGUGGGUACAUGGUAUAGAUUCGAAAGAGCAGGGAUGAUGAAUUCAGUGUACCAUUUAUGAUGAAUAUAAUUAAAGUCUACAAAAGUCAAAGUUAUUUUUUGGUUAUGUGAAUAAAAAUAUGUUUCCAAGAUA